AAACACUGGCCCCCUGGGACACAGUGUGUCACCAAGCAUGACCACACCAAGCCCAAGCCUCAGGAGCUGGCCUUCCACAAGGGUGACGUGGUCACCAUCAUUGAGGCCGUGGAGGGCAAAGGCUGGUACCGCGCCAGACACAACAAGACAGGGCAGGAGGGGCUGAUGGUGGCCAGUGCGCUGCGGCAGCGCGGCGCCAUCCGUGCCGACCCCAAGCUCAGCCUCAUGCCCUGGUUCCAUGGGAAGAUCUCAGGGGUGGAGGCAGUGCAGGAGCUGCAGCCCCCUGAGGACGGGCUGUUCCUGGUGCGUGAGUCUGUCCGGCACCCCGGGGACUAUGUGCUGUGCGUGAGCUUUGGCAAGGAGGUGAUCCACUACCGCGUGGUGCACGAGGAGAACACGCUCAGCAUCGACAGCCAGCAGCACUUCUCCAACCUCAUCGACAUGAUCGAGCACUACAUGAAGGAGCAGGGAGCCAUCUGCACCAAGCUGGUGAAGCCCAAGCCAAAAAGCGGGAUGAAGUCAGCUGAGGAGGAGUUGGCCAAAGCCGGCUGGUUGCUGAACCUGCAGCACCUCACGCUGGGAGACCGCAUUGGGCACGGCGAGUUUGGAGACGUGCUGCAGGGCGAGUAUAUGGGGCAGAAGGUAGCUGUGAAGAACAUCAAGUGCGAUGUGACUGCCCAGGCCUUCCUCACUGAAACAGCUGCCAUGACGAAGGUCCGGCACAAAAACCUGGUGUGUUUGCUCGGUGUCAUCCUGCACAACGGCCUCUACAUCGUGAUGGAGUUCAUGAGCAAGGGCAACCUGGUGAACUUCUUGCGCACACGGGGCCGGGCGCUUGUCCCAACCCAGCAGCUCCUCCUCUUCGCUCUGGACGUGGCUCAGGGCAUGGAUUACCUGGAGUCCAAGAAGCUGGUGCACAGGGACCUGGCUGCUCGCAACAUCCUCAUCUCUGAGGAGAACGUGGCCAAAGUGAGCGAUUUCGGCUUGGCCAGGGUCAAUCCUAAGGGUGCAGACGCCACUUUGCUGCCCGUCAAGUGGACAGCCCCAGAGGCCCUGAAACACAACAAAUUCUCCUCCAAGUCAGACGUGUGGAGCUAUGGAAUCCUCCUGUGGGAAACCUUCUCUUUCGGACGCGCGCCCUACCCCAAGCUGAGCCUGAAGGAGGUGACGGAGCUGCUGGAGCAGGGGUACCGCAUGGAGCCCCCUGAGGGCUGCCCACCUGCAGUCUAUGCCCUGAUGAAGAGCUGCUGGGCGCUGGAGCCAGGCAAGAGGCCGUCCUUCAAGAAGCUCACUGAGAAGCUGCAGAAGGAGCUGAAGCACCUGAGGGAUGUUUAG